GCUGAAGGCAGAGCUGGUCCUGGACACCCCAGUCACCUGGGGCUGGGCGUGUUUGCACGGCCUGACUCGCCUGCACGCCCAGACGGCUAGCCCCGGUCAUGCCCAGCAGAUGCCGCAUGGGCCCCGCGCCGGAGCCAGCCCUGUUGGGAGCGGCGCGUUAGCCUGCAGGGCUUGGCAGCUUUCGGGGGCCGCGCUCCCGGCCUCUGCCCCGGGCUGCCCCCGCAGUGGGUGGUGUCCGGCCGGCGCGCUGCUCCCCCCCGCAGGCGCAGCCUUCCGAGAGCCGGCGCGAACUGGAGUGAGCCGGGGCUAUGGAGCCCCCUUUCCCCGCGCUGCUCUGCCUGCUCGGCCUCCUCGCCACCGCCUCCGGAGCAGCCGAGCCUCAUUGCAAGGUGGAUUCCAGCCUGAGUUAAAGCAGAGCCCAGAUUCUAACUCAUACUCCCAGCCUGAAUGCCCUUCCUCUGCUUGGAUUCCAUUUAGAAGUAGCUGCUAUAUUUUUCUUCAAGGCACAUUCGAUGAAUUGGACAGUAUUGAUGAUGCCAGAAAUCUCUGUAAAGGCAAUGCUUCUGGAGCAGACAUUAUUAGUAUAAAAAAUAAAGAGGAGAAUACCUUUAUACAAGAAACAUUCAAAAAUCACUGGCAAGGCCCUGAUUAUAUUUCAUUGGGCAUGUUCUUUGACACAGAUGAUAAUGCUUUUAAAUGGUUUGACAAGUCGGAAAUGAAAUUUACCAAUUGGAUUGAAGAGGAGAGCAAUGAGGAACUCCUGAACACAUGUGCUUCUAUGUACACUAAGUCUGGGGAAUGGAGAAAAAUCAGUUGUGAAGAUCUUCCUCUGACAGGGACCCUUUGUAAAACAGCCUUUGCAUAUGAAAAGAAGUACUUACCAGAUAAAACUGCUUUGACUACCACCUUGGUCAUAAUUUUUACCAUAGUUGUGACAGUUUCUGCAGCAUUAUUUUGGUUCCUGUACAAAAGAAAUAUUUCUUCUGGGGUUUUAUGUAUAACACACCAUUCAACAGCUGAAAUGCCAUACAGUGAUGAAACUGUUCUAAUAGAUGAAGAAAAUGAGUAUACUGCUUAAAAUGUAAAAUUAUACAAUUUUAUUUAAAUGCCAAAAAGUUACAUCUUAUCCAUAUUUAGGCUUCAGUCCUGUAAGCACAUGCAUAACUUUACUCACAUAAUAAUGUGCUAGUUGUUAGGACACAGAUAGAGAAGACAGACUAAAAAUAGUCAAAAGUAUUUCCCAUUGGGCUGUCAGAGUUCAUAUUCAAAAUUCUCUCCAACUGUAUUUAGUGCACCUGGAAAUACCUGGAGUAUGAGUUGGUCCGUCUCAGUGAAGUGUCAUUCUGAAAAGAGCAAGCAUUUAAUUAAAUGUUAAGAUUUCAAAAAUUCCGCAGAUUUCCAUAACAGGUUUUAAAUUCAUUUGUUUCAUCUGUGUUCAUGACUGGUUUUCAUUCCUGUGACUAUUUUAGCAAAUAAAAGUUUGAAACGCUAGCUAAUUUUAAAUGAAUAGUAUAGAAAGAAAAUUUGAAUUUGUGUUUGCACUGAAACCUUAAUUCAAAGAACUUCCAGUCAAUGCACAGAAAUUAGCCACGUGAUCUGCAUCCAGUCAAAACAGUCUGAACUUCAGACCAUUCAGACUCAUGAAACUGAUUUAAAAAAAAAUGCUCUUACCUAAAAUGAGUAAUUUCAGGCAAAACUUAGCAAAUUAUCUGCAAACAAUUUAAAAGAGGGAGGUGAAAUUCCUCAAAUUAUUUGCCCAGUUCAAAUUAGGAUUAGAGUCCAAAUGUUCAAAAACUCUAAUUUUGUAUUUGCAGCUAAUUGUAGCUGCAGGGUUAAGAGGUCAAGUCUUGGCCCCAGUUGUGCAGAUCCUUAAAGAUGCAUGGAAAUCGUUUGGCCUCUGCACAGGAACAGGGGUCUGCUUCCACUGAUCCGGGUUUAGCAGCUAUCAUUUAUAGCCAUGCUUAUUUGAUUGCAAUAUGUAGUCAUCCUAUUUUUUUAAGGGGGAAACUAGUGGGCAAACUGUUCAUCUGGCUAACCUGCAACUGUUUUAAUAUAUAAAACAAAAUUGAAAGAUCGCUGUGUGCAUGUGUACGCUGUUGCCACAACUUUUCUUUUCUAUGCUUUAAAAUGUUGCAUUUUACCCAGUGAGACUGCAAAAAGACCAAAACCUUGUGAAGAUUCUCAAGGGAGGUCCGCAUCUCUGUGAAGCAAAGGAAUUGGUAUUAGAGAAGGUAGAUUUGAUACACACCAAUUAAAAGUCGGUAAAUGAUGUUAAUAGCAUGAUAAGGAACAGAAUAUUUUUAUGUAUACAGUAUGCUUCCUUCAAAACUUAGUGGAAUUAAAUCUUAAUUUCUUGAGCAAGUAACAGAGGGGUAGCUGUGUUAGUCUGUAUCCACAAAAACAACGAGGAGUCCCGUGGCACCUUAAAGACUAACAGAUUUAUUUGGGCAUAAGCUUUCAUGGGUAAAGCUGUUAGUCUUUAAGGUUCCACCAGACUCCUCGUUGUAUUUCUUGAGCAGAAACUGGAUUGGAACUGCAAAGAAAUGGAGGCUGACCUUAUUCUCUACAGAUAUAACAUAAUAGGAGCAGUAGGAAAUUUAGUAGUCUCUUUUUUGCAGUUCCUCACCUUCUUAGGUGAUAUGAGCUCAACUUCUAUAGCCACUGUCAUAUCUCUUCCUCAUCAAAUCUUGUUAUAAAAUCUAAAUGGCUCAAACAUGAGAAAGCUUCAUGCCUAUUGCUCCAGCCAGUGCCACCUUCCCUGUGUUUUCCCCCACAAUGCUGUUUUGCUCCAUUCUGCUUCUCUCCCUAUUUUCAUUAUGCAUUUGAUGUUCCUAUUGCACACCAAACCUGUUGUUAUGCCUCUUGCUCUUUUUUCACCUGUUGGAGAUUUUCUCUGAAGGGAUUUUUGCUGCUCUAAUCCUUUUGUCUGCUAAAAGGUGAUUAAGAUACAUGAUGACAUGUUUUAAACAUUCCUCUGAGUGGCACUAGUGUGUAUGUUGUCUAAGGGCUGAAUAGAAUGUAUGUUGAGGUAUUCAGCAAUAUUCAUUCCUCUAGAGUGACCAGGGAAAAUUCUCAAGAUGCCAUUCAAAUUUGCCUGAGCCUAGCCUUUAAAAGGACAGCACCUAUCCCUAGUGUUAAAGAUACUAAUCAUGAACAAGCAAUGCAUUAAGUCAGUGGUCCCCAACCUUUUUUGUCUGGCGGGCACCAGAUGACGAGCCACGGAGGACCGUGGCGGUGGACGAGCAUCUGCCAAAAUGCCGCCGACAAGCAGCAACGUCAAUAGGCAUCGCCACCGAAAUGCCACCGACAAGCGGUGUCAUCCAAAGGUGUCGCCGCCGAAAUGCCGCCAAAAAUCGGCAGCGACGCCUCUGGAUGAUGCUGCUUGUCGGCGGCAUUUCAGCAGAUGCUCGUCCACCAGCCAGCAUGCGGAUGCCAUGGCGGGGACCCCUGCACUAAGUAAUUGAAUGGAAGCUCUUCUCUGAGUUUACAGUAGUAUAAGCUACUCCUGCACUCUGGUGCAGAGUUGAGACACCCUAGAUCUAAGUUUACAGUCAUAACCAAAAUGGUGUAGCAAAGCUAAGAGCGUUCUGGUUUAUGUACAGAAGUUCUGGAUCAAGUGACCCACCCUUGGCAGCAUUCUCAGCUAUACAAACUAGAGCAAGCAAGCAUGCACGCACUGAAGGCAGUACUCCAGGUCUAUUGAUUGUCAAGUCACUAAACAAGAGAAACGUUCUCAUAUUCCAUAGACAAACAGAUUAGGGGGAUUGUAUUAAUUAAUAGACUAAUUUGCCUCUAGGGAGGUUUACUUCUUAAGUUUGCAUAAGUGAGCACGAUUACUGCUCUGAACCCCUGUAUUAAGGGUUCAGAUUCCUGUGAAGUAUAGAUGGGUGCUGUCUACUUUUGCAAAAAAGUCUUAACUCUGGUUCACUAUCCCGUGUUAAAACAGUAAUGGAGACAAUAACUCUGCUAUUAACUUGGGUUAGGAACUUUUUAAAGCUUAUAGGUGAGUGUGGGGUUGAAUUUGAGCUGCUAACUUGAAUUAAAAGCUCAGUUGGCAUGUCUACACUGCUAUCUAAACCCAAGUUAGCAACCUGAGGAGGCUAACCCAAGUUGUUUCUUUGUUUGGAGUGUAGACAUACAUACCCACAGGCAUGACAGCAGUAACUGUGCUCACUAGAGGCAAACUAGUCUAUUCAGAGGGCACUACAAAAUGUAAAUAUGUGUAAGCUUCAGCAGUAAUGGAAGCUAGAUUUUUUUAAUUCAGUUAAGCAGGCCCCAAGUAAAGUGAGGUGAAAUGGGGGCCUGAUCCACCAAUGGGCCCAGGCAGAGGGCCACAAGCCCAUCCAUCACCAUGAGAAAAAAAUUCAGGCUUUUAGAUGUUUGAGUUUGACUAAACAUUAUUUAUAUAAAUCUCAGUAUGUUUGAUUGUACCUGUGUAUCUAUGCAGCAUUUAGAUCUUGCAAUCUACCUGAGCCAAUCAGAUGCGGUGUUUGAACAGAAGCAACAUUCUGAACAGUGAGCUGGUCCUCCAGGGUGCCUAGAAGGGUUGACACACAUAACAGUACCUUCAGGCUGCAUAGAGGGCAUUGGUCACUGGUGUAUCCUCAAUAUUGCCAUGUCUGGCUCUAAAUACAAAUCAGACAGCCAGAAACUCCAAGAGCUUAAAGAAAGGUAAAGAAAAGAAACUGAAGGAUGUCAAUCAGUGAUCUAAUUUUUCUAGUCAGACAAGGCCUCUCAACAGCCUGGUUCAAGCAAUGCACAAACUGGGAAACCCGAUGAAGAAACAGCAAUAUUGUGGUGAUUUCAAUAUAGAGUCUGUGGAAAUUGAAGGACAGCAGCCAGAUGAAUAGUGAUUCCAAUCUAAUGACUUCCAAAGGUAAUCAUGGUAAUAUUACCAUCAGACUAAGUUUUCAACAAGCAGGAGAAAGUAGUGCUGCAUUUCUUACUGAUGCGUGUUGGGGUUCUUUCCCCCCCCCCAAUCUUUUUUUUUUAAGGUUCAGGAUUGUGGCUAAACACAUUAGAUUGUUAAGCGAAAAAAAAAAUUAGUGUACUGCAUUUCUUCAAAAUUCAGAAGCUCUGGAAGUCAAUACCAAAAGAUGUUGAUGCCCAUAGUUUUCCUGAAUUUUUUUCUCAAAUGCAAGACUUCGUACAAAAAAAAUAUAUAUAUUCUGCAAGACUAGUUCAAAUCUACUUUGGGGAAGGAACUUGAAUUGCCAUUACUUAUCUUACUUAAGGAGAUUUACAACAGAAAAACAACUAAUCUUCAGUGAAGUGUACAUAGCCUUAAGAAUUUUUUGUGCACUGCCAGUGAUUGGCAGAAGCUGAAAAAAGUUUCAGCAAGCUAGCACUCAAAAACUGUAGAUUAUCUACUGUGGCACAGGGAACACUUGCGUCAUGUCAUUUUGUCUACUGUGUGUGAACUCAAGAAAAAAAAUAAAUGUAGUAAGAUCAUUUGUGAUUUUGCAAUGAAAAAGGCCAAACUAAAGUUGUAAAGUGAUUAAGGCCUGUGAGUACCCUUUUCAAAAUAAAAUAUAUUUUUCUCUUUCA